GUAUUUUCCUGUCGCCAUUAUUAUUACGGAAAAAGUCGACACUCAUCAAGCUUUGAUACCGAUAAUUUACAUAUCUUAAUUUACUUCGUUUAAUAACAGUCUACAUAUCAAGGCUGUACUAAUUCAAGCAAGUCAACGGUUUCCGCGUACAUGAAAAUGCUAACUGCUAAAACCCACCUCCAUAAAUAUCAUAGGUUGUUAAGUGACGCCUUCUCGAUUGUGAUUGGUCGUUUUUCCUUGGAACGGUAACAUCGUCACGGCUGUACGGAUACAUACGCAAAGAGGACAUAUGCUGUAGAGGAAUACUCAUUGGUAGGUGACAAUUUAUGAAGAACAAGAGGUCCUGGGCUUCAUUGGAAGAGUUUCAGAUGCUGCAUUUAGACCCAUGUUGAUCUUUUCACUACCCAGUCUGAACAGAGCAGUGGUGCGUGUGAGGAGAAUGGCAGCACAGCUCACCAAAGCAACCAUGUCUACUAACAACCAGCGCUCCAGUCCGUCCUCCGCAGUCAGCGGGGAUUCUCCCACUGCCGCCAUUCUCAUCAUAGGAGAUGAGAUACUCAAGGGUCACACAGUGGACACCAACAGCACCUUCCUAACACAAGCUCUCAGAAAGCUUGGAGUGUCUGUGCAGCGUAUAACGGUCAUACCAGAUAUACAGGAGGUCAUAGCCAACGAGGUGCUGGUUCUCUCCUCUCAGUACACCCACCUUAUAACGUCGGGGGGUGUGGGCCCCACUCAUGAUGACAUAACCUUGGAAAGCAUUGCCGCAGCGUUUAAAGAAGAAGUGUACCCCCAUCCUGAGCUCGCCCAGCUGGUUGAAGAAUUCUUCGGGGUGACGGACAAAGACAGCCCGGCCAUGAAAUUAGCCAUGGUGCCUCGUUCAGCCAAACUUAACUAUGGGACUGACCCUCAGACUGGAAAGCGGCAGCGUUACCCAGUGGUCAGCGUUCGUAAUGUCUUCGUGUUUCCUGGGACCCCGUCUUUCAUGGAGAUGGCCUUCACCGGGCUGGAGCACCUCUUCGCUAGUUCAGGAACCAUAUUUCAUUCCCGCGAGGUGUUUGUAGAUGCAGAAGAAACUGAGAUUGCACCUGUGCUUACCAAACUGCAGGCCAGUUGGGGUCGGAGGGUGGCUCUAGGUUCUUACCCCGACUGGUUGAGCAAUUAUAGCAAAGUGAGACUCGUCUUGGAUUCGGACAGCAAGGAGGAGGUGGACAAGGCCCGAGCGCAGCUGAUUGAUCGGCUGCCCGAAGGAAGUGUGGUGUCCUUAGUUAAAGACCCGGUGUCUAUUGCCCCCGCAGAGGUGUACAAACUUUCCAGCAGCGGCACAGCACUGGGUGAGAAAGUGAAGUGUGCACUGAACACAGUAGAGACGGCACUGGAUCAGUAUUCAACAGAGCAGAUCUGUGUUGGCUUCAAUGGAGGCAAAGACUGCACGGCUCUGCUCCAUCUAUACUACUCUGCUCUAAAACGGCAGUAUCCAGAUGGGAAAGACAAGGUUAAAGCUCUGUAUAUCCGUAACGUCUCCCCAUUCCCAGAAAUGGAGAGAUUCCUCCAAGACACAACAAAAAAAUAUGACUUGGAGUUGAUCUCUGUGGAGGGAAGUAUUCGGCAGGCUCUUAACGAGCUGCAUGACAAGAGGCCGGAGCUGAAAGCCGUCCUGAUGGGAACCAGAAGAAGCGACCCCUAUUCCCACACACUCACACCGAUGUGCCCCACUGACCCUGGCUGGCCGGAAUACAUGAGAGUCAACCCGCUACUGGACUGGACCUAUCAUGACAUCUGGUCCUUCUUGAGGAUGUUACACGUGCCCUACUGUAUCCUGUACGAUAAAGGGUAUACAUCACUUGGCAGUAUGGACAACACCUACCGAAACAAGGCCCUCCAGGUGGUGGAUGAGAGGGGGGUGACGCGAUACAAGCCAGCCUACCUCCUGGAGAAUGAAGAAGAGGAGCGAAACUCCCGUGCCUGAAGUCGUCCUGUUCUUCGCUGUUUUUAUAUUAUUAUUAUUUAGACGUCUGAUCAGAAUUCACAUUAAUCCCAUAAACCCAUUUUGGGUUUUCUGAGUAUUAGAAAAACCCACACAAUGUCUAAAUGUGACUGAAAGUGUUUAUGAUACAGUAAUGCGUUUGUGACAGUACUGAAUAAAGCAUAGUUCAGAUGUG